CAACAGUUUCAUGGAUAGCAAUGGCGGCUAAGAAGAAAGUAGAAUCUCAAAUUCCGCCGGAAGAAAGUGAUUUAUUAGUAGUAAAACCUCUUGGAGCUGGCCAAGAAGUAGGACGAUCAUGCAUUAUGUUAGAAUUCAAAGGAAAGAAGAUAAUGUUAGAUUGUGGUAUUCAUCCUGGAUUAUCAGGUAUAGACGCUUUACCUUUCGUAGACAACAUUGAACCUGAAGAAAUAGAUUUACUUCUCGUGAGUCAUUUCCAUUUAGAUCACUGUGGUGCUCUGCCUUGGUUUUUACUGAAAACUCCAUUUAAGGGAAAAUGUUUUAUGACUCACGCUACAAAAGCUAUAUAUCGGUGGCUUUUAGCCGAUUACAUCAAAGUAAGCAACAUCGGCACAGAACAAAUGUUGUACAGCGAAGCCGAUCUCGAUGCCAGCAUGGGAAAAAUAGAAACUGUAAACUUCCACGAAGAGAAAGAAGUGAACGGUGUGAGAUUUUGGUGUUAUAAUGCCGGCCAUGUAUUGGGAGCGGCUAUGUUCAUGAUUGAAAUUGCAGGCGUUAAAGUUUUGUACACUGGUGAUUUUUCGCGACAAGAAGAUCGCCAUUUGAUGGCAGCCGAGAUACCAGGCCUUCAACCAGAUGUACUUAUUAUAGAAUCUACAUACGGAAUUCAUAUUCAUGAAAAACGAGAUGAACGUGAAGCUCGCUUCACUGGUCUUGUUCAUGACAUUGUGAACCGUGGAGGAAGAUGUCUCAUUCCAGUUUUUGCACUUGGCAGAGCCCAAGAACUAUUGCUGAUAUUAGAUGAAUACUGGUCUAAUCAUCCAGAAUUGCAUGAUAUUCCCAUUUAUUAUGCAUCAUCUUUAGCAAAGAAAUGUAUGGCUGUGUAUCAAACUUACAUCAAUGCUAUGAAUGACAAAAUACGAAAGCAGAUUGCUAUAAACAAUCCAUUUGUAUUUAAGCAUAUUUCCAAUUUGAAAAGCAUCGAUCAUUUUGAUGACAUAGGUCCAUGUGUGGUGAUGGCUAGUCCCGGAAUGAUGCAAAGUGGUCUGUCGCGUGAACUAUUUGAAAGUUGGUGUACAGAUCCUAAAAACGGAGUGAUAAUUGCUGGUUAUUGCGUUGAGGGUACACUAGCAAAGCAUAUCCUGUCUGAACCAGAGGAGAUAACAACAAUGACUGGUCAGAAAUUACCUCUAAAGAUGUCUGUUGCAUAUAUAUCUUUUUCCGCUCACACAGAUUAUCAACAGACAAGUGAAUUCAUAAGAAUUCUGAAACCACCUCAUAUUGUUCUUGUGCAUGGUGAACAGAAUGAGAUGGGAAGGCUGAAAGCCGCCAUUAUUCGAGAAUAUGAGGAUGAUCAAGAUGCCCACAUCGAAGUUUACAAUCCGAGGAAUGCACAAGGUGUCGAAUUAUAUUUCCGAGGAGAGAAAACUGCCAAAGUUAUGGGUUCUUUAGCUGUUCAGCCAGCUGAAGCGGGACGUAUUUUAUCUGGUGUUUUGGUAAAGAGGAAUUUUAGUUAUCACCUCUUGGCACCUUCUGAUCUCUCUAAAUAUACGGACAUGAUAAUGAGUACUGUGAGUCAAAGACUAAGUGUUCCAUAUACUGGCAGUCUUCAGGUCCUGCAUUUUUAUCUGAAUCAGUUGUCGGGAGAUGCCAAACUCAUUCCUGAUUAUAAGAAAUUUGGAGGGAAACUCAUAUUGCAAGUUUUUGAUGCAAUAUCAAUAUCCCAAGAAUCAAAAGUUGUUGUACUGGAAUGGACUUCCAGUCCGGUUAAUGACAUGUAUGCUGAUGCUGUCGUUGCAACCAUCCUUAAAGCUGAAAAAUCGGACUAUACAUCCAAGACCCUGCCACCUGUAGUCAAAGUGGACAAAAUGCAUUUUACAGAAUGUCUUAUGGAGAUGCUGGCAGAGAUGUUUGGAGAGGAUUCUGUGAGUAAGAUUGUACGAGGUGAAAAAUUAACUGUAACUGUGAAUAAUAAGUGUGCCGUUAUAAAUGUCCGUAGUCUCGAAGUGAAAUGCGAAGAUGAUGAAGUACUGCAACAGAUGGUUACGACGGCAGUGGUAAAACUACAUAACUGUCUUAUACCUCAAAAAGUUCCCAUAGAUACAUUUGCAGCUAUUUAGGCCAUGAAUGAAUUAAAGAGUAUUUCUAUGUUAAAAUGGGCACCAAUAAGGAAUGUGUAAAUUUCAAAAUAGCAACAGAGGUUCCUACAGUGACCACUUUAACAAGAAAUACCUAAUAAAGUUCCAAAUAGUGACUGAAAAUUCUUUCAUAUAAUGCCAAGUUAAUUUUAACAUCAGUAUCAAGAACAGAUUUUAUAAAAUAGUUUUCCCCGAUGCAAUUUUUUUAAAAUAGAUUCGGAAAAUUUUUAACUCUGUAAAUAUAAGUAUAAUUAUGAUUUAAACAAAAUUUUCCUAUAUAAUUUACAGUUUUGUUGUUUAUUUAUUUGAACAUGUAAUAAGUAAGAAAGCAUUUUGUAAAUUCAAUAUAUAGUUUUGUAACUCGUAGUAUUCAUUCAUAUCUGGUUUCAUAUGUGUUGAAGAUAAUAAUAAAUCAUGUUGAUCAUAUA